UGUCAUCAUUCCAUCAAGUCAGGGACCGUACAGCUUCUCCAAACGCGCGCGUUAUACUCCCAAACCCUGGCGAUUGUCCUCCUUCUUCACGGUUGUUUAAGUUUCAAUCUGCUGUUUCCGCACAACUUGCCUUUUUUGUUUCGGAGAGCCCGAAGACACCGCGGAUCUGCGCUCGCUUCAGCAUGCGUUUGGCGCGCGGAGCGCACUCUUGGCGAGCUCUUCAUCAUCAUCAGGCGCAGGGAUGAUGUUCAACUCAUCGCGCUCGCUGGAUUUCUUCUCGUUCUCUCGCCCUGAGGUCGCGUCGGAAGUUCUCAAUGGUUCCUCACACUCAUUCUACAACAUCUCAGUGGCCAUGUGGAACAAAUCCUGCGGGGAGCAGCUGCUCGAUUUCACCGCGUCGGAGAAGAUCGUCAUCGGAAUGAUGCUGGCCAUCAUCACCACCGUGACGGUGAUUGGGAAUAUGCUGGUGGUGAUCGCGGUGUGCGUCGUGAAGAAACUCAGACAGCCGUCCAACUAUCUGCUGGUGUCUCUGGCCGUGGCGGAUCUCUCCGUGGCUAUCGUGGUGAUGCCGUUCGUGAUCGUGACGGACCUCACGGGAGGAAAGUGGCUUUUUGGAGAGGUCUUUUGUAACAUCUUCAUCGGCAUGGAUGUGAUGUGCUGCACUGCAUCCAUCAUGACUCUGUGCGUGAUCAGUGUGGACAGGUAUCUUGGCAUCACCCGCCCUUUGACUUACCCUGCUCGACAAAACGGCCAGCUGAUGGCAAAGAUGAUCUUUGGUGUGUGGCUCGUGUCGGCCUCGAUCACCCUGCCGCCAUUCUGUGGCUGGGCCAAGAACAUUAACACAGCUGGCGUUUGUCUAAUCAGUCAGGACUUCGGCUACACCAUCUACUCCACUGCCGUGGCCUUCUACAUCCCAAUGAUUGUCAUGCUCUGCAUGUACUACAAGAUCUUCAAGGCCGCCAGGAAAAGCUGUGCCAAGCAUCGUUUCACCAACUUCUCCCGUCGGGAUCGUCUGGAGACCGUCGCCAGUGAGGCUCUCAGGAUGCAAGGCCUAAAACCCCAACACACGCCUGGCGUGGCAGAGGAGUGCGCUGCUCUUUCACGCUUUCUCAGCCGCGAGCGACACAAUAUCUCCAUCUUUAAGCGAGAGCAGAAAGCAGCUACGACAUUGGGUGUGAUAGUUGGAGUUUUUGGCACUUGUUGGCUGCCGUUUUUUAUUCUCUCUACAGCGAGACCAUUUAUAUGCGGGGUCAAGUGUAGUUGCAUACCUAUUUGGCUGGAGAGGACGCUGCUGUGGUUUGGAUAUGCCAACUCGCUUAUGAACCCCUUCAUUUAUGCUUUCUUCAACCGGGACCUGCGCUCCACAUAUAGAGACCUGCUCCGCUGCAGGUACAGGAACAUAAACCGCAGACUGUCGGCUGUAGGUGUGCAUGAAGCACUGAAGGUAUAAAAGAAUGUGGUUGUCCUGGAUUUGGUUUACACACAGUUCAGACAGCACUGAAUCACGGUCAAUCGAGUAAGAAGCCGAACAAUGCAUCCACUUAUGGGA